UAAGGAAACAGUGCCUAGUUUUAAUUUGUCACUGAAUAGUUGAGGCACUAAUGCACAGUGACCCCGUGGUGCUACUUAGACCAAAGCCCAGGUGACAUAGUCACCUACAUCUUUGGGGUGAACGCACAGGCGCCUGAGCAGCGAGCCCACGAGCUGACCCCCGGCUGCCCUGCCAUCACCGGGACCAUCACCGGGAUCAUCCCCCACCCACCGGGGCCCUCCCGGCACAGCGAGCGCUCCGGGGCCGCGGGGAUGGCGGGGCGGCGGCGGGCGGGCUCGUGAGGAGGAGGAGAAGGAGGAGGAAGAAGAGGCGGAAGCAGCGGCGGGGGAUGGCCGGGGCGCUGCUGCGCGGGGUGCGGCGCUUCCCCUGGCUCGGCAACGUGCUGCUCUACGGGGGGCUGUUCGCGGCCGGGGACGCGGCGCAGCAGCUGCUGCGGGGACAGCCGCCCGACUGGGCUCAGACGCGGCGGGUGGCGCUGGUGGCCCUGGCCUUCCACGGCAACUUCAGCUACGUGUGGCUGCGGGCGCUGGAGCGGGCUCUGCCCGGCCGCCGCCCGCCCGCCGUGCUGGGCAAGGUGCUCUGCGAUCAGCUGCUGGGCGCGCCCGUCGCCGUCCUCGCCUUCUACACGGGUAUGAGCAUCCUUCAGAGGAAAGAGGACAUCUUUUCAGACUGUAAAAAGAAAUUUUGGAAUACAUAUAAGACAGGACUGAUGUACUGGCCUUUUGUGCAGCUGUCAAACUUCAUUUUGAUCCCAGUUCACCUGCGAACAGCUUACACUGGGCUCUGUGGCUUUGUCUGGGCUUCCUUCAUUUGCUUUUCCCAGCAGAGUGGAGAUGGCACAGCAAAGUCAGCAUUUAUGUGGCUCCAAAGAGAGAAGGUCAAUGCAGAUGAAGAAUCAUCCGACAAAUAAGAACUUUAGUUCUGAGCACAUUCUAAAUUGCUAAACUGGAUUUGUGAAAGCCAGUAAAUCACACUGCAGCCUCAUUGUUGUAUUUAAAAUAAGCAGUUAUCUCAACAUUUGGUGAUCAUAUAAGCAGUGGAACAGUUUGUCUUUGUGCCUGUUUAUUUUUCAUAAAAGAGGCCAGUUGUAUAUUGACAAUUAAUUAUUUUCAUGCUGUCAGCCCAUCUCAUCUGGGAACAACUGUCUUACAGGGCAAUGUAAGCAUUUGCACAUCAUUUCAGGCUGGCUCACUGGGGAGAAAGAUUAACUGUAAUUUAAUCUUCAAGCAACUUGUAAUUGCUAGAGAAAGGGGAAUAGAAUAUUAAAUCAUCAGUUGUCGGACUCGACAAUUGUUAUCAAUGCAAGAUUACUUUGCAGAACAAAAUUUAAUGGAUUCCAUAUCUAAGAAGUGGCAUUGAAUCUGUUUCAUUGAGAAGAAACGAAAGUACUGUCUUUGUAGAGCCCACUUUUCUAUGGGGCAAACUUGUUUUAUUCUACAUGAAAAUUUAUAUAGGAAAAGAUUAUUUAAUAGAAUAUGUACAUGUUUUAUCUUACCUGGGAGAAUAAAGAUUACUUUGGUCAGAGCCCUUUGGGGUGGUGCUGCCCAUUGACCCUUGGGGUCAGUCAUAAGCAGCUCCUGCACAGUGGAACUGCCCAAGCACUGCAGGGAGUUUUUGUUCUGUGUGCAGUCACUGCUUCCUUUGCUCCUCAAGGGCCAAGGCUACCUGGGAGUCCAAACUCCUCUACUCUUGUCAGCUGUUUCAUCAUGCAGAAGAUAUAAUUAAAAUUUUGAAGAAAAGAACACGGGAAGGAAGGUAACAUAAAUGGCAGAAUCCAGCUAUAUGUGUAUCAGGAACUUCCAUUUCUUCCUCAAAUGGCUUUUAAACAUUCCUAUUCAUAGAAGACACUGGGUAAUUAUACAUAGGAGACUAGGAGAAGAUGAAAAUUAAUUUUGCAUUUACUUUGUCAGCUUGAGGAUCAGGUCUGGAUAUGGGUAUUUUUAAAAUCUGCGUAUCUAUCUGAAAACAGGAACUGUGCAAAUUUCUGUGAUUGCAGUAAGCUGAAAUCAGGCCAGUAAAGGAACCCAUGUUAUAUUAGAGUGGGAUUUAAUGCCUUGAAGUUACUCAAUUGUAAGCUUGAAGGAGUAUAUGAUUUCAUGAUUGAAGACUCAUCCCUCUGUUACAAAAAAUAAUAAACCACUUUGAGGGACGUCUGAAUUCCUGAAUCUUAUCUAAAUAGUGUACCAAAGCCUGCUUAGGUACACUAAGUAUGCAUUCUUUUGGCCAGCAGCUAUACUACUUAUUAUAUUGCUAACAAUUAUUUGUCACUGUAGGAGCCCAGUGUGGCUUAGCUGAGGAAGGAAAAGGGAUCAUGCAAGCACUGCCCAAUCUCUUUCAGGCAAACUCAACUUGUUUAGCAUAACGCAAGAGUUACGAGUGAUGCAUAGUCCCCAUAUGGCUUUGACCAGAGGACUGCAGCAGUAGGAGGAUGGUAGAAGGCAGAAGGCUGCUUCCACAGCCUGUUCUGCUGGCAGGCAGGUGGAGGAGGUGCCUUCCCACCCAGGAUGGACAAGUCACUGCAAUCCCAUCUUCAGCUGCACAGGCAGAUGUGGAAGACCACACCUGCCUACAGCCUGAAGGUGGAAUUAAUUUUAAUUGACUUUUGGCACCUUUGGCAUGGACAUCUCCAGCUUGGCUAAUUGGUUAAGCUCUGCAUGUUUAAAUGUGCUUCUCUCCAUCUGUGAUAUGGAGGCUCAGACGCCUGGCUGCUGUGUCAAUAGCUUCUUUGUAGAUGCUUGUAUUUGGUGAGUUGAAUUUCCCUGCUGGAUGUUGCUGCAUGAAUCACAAAGUGUGGAUUGAGCAGUCCUGAUGCUGGACAUCCCAGGAGGAGUAGAAAUGCACAGAACAACUAACUGCAUUUUGUCUGUCUAUUUAAAAAAUGAGUGAACAGAUCCUUCAGACAGCCAUUAAACUGUUCUUGUGUGUAUAAAGUGCUCAGGAUAAAGAAGCAAUUUCAGUAGUGUUUUUUUUUUUUUUUUCUAUAUUGAUAUUUUUGGGAUCAGACUGGUAUUCUGAAGUCUGUUCUGUUUAGUAAGAGCUAAAAGUUUCAGGUAAGGUGUGCUAAUGAAGUAUUUAACUUUUUUUUACAGAUGCUAUUUAUUUUUAUUUUUGCUUGUGCCUUAAGUGUUUAAUGAUUAAUAGCAUUCACUUGGAGAAGGGAACUGGAAAAUAAUGUCAUUACAAGGAAAAUGAAAUGCUGUUGGUUUGCUGUAAGCAGUAUGUGAUGUUUUGCUGUAACUCAGAGCAAAAAAUCUCUCUUCAUGGGUAUGGUUAGCAAAACUUAAUUCCCAGAUGAAUCAAGAAUUUAUAACUCAUGAUCUGUAUAAUGCUGAUGCCUUUCUUCAUCAGGACUAACUAAUAAAUGAAUGAUCCAUCUUUCAUUUUAAAUGGUUUAAAAGCUUAUACAAACUGUGCUUUAUUGCUCUUGCUUUUGUGCUGCCAGCUUUUUGCUUGGGAAUUUGAGCUAAAUCAGGUUUCUCUGGCUGGGGAGUUCAGGAUUUCUCUCCAUCUUUUAUUACUUGAAGUACAGCUCUUUCAUGUAAUGGAAGCCUAUGGCUCUUAAAUUCCAGUAGACUAGAUCCUGCAUAUUCCUUUCACUUUCUCCCUUUCUCUUGUUAAGGCACUUGACAGCUAAGUAACACAAAUCCCAUUUCAAAAAUGGGGAAAAAAAAAACAUUUCUAAAAAAACUUGUGUUUUCUCCCUUUUAAUUAUGAGCACUGAUUUCUCUGAGAAACAUUUCAGACUGACAAAAUGCAAAAUAAUGAAGUUGCAUUGGGACAAUUUCUCAGUGUGCAUAAAUUAAUUGACCUUCUAAAGAUUUUCUUCCUCUGACAGUUUAGUCUGAGGACUUAAUCCCUUAGUUGUUAGAGCCUUCAUUAUUUCUUGAUACCUUUUUGGCUUAGAAGAUAAUUUUCACAGAAUAACAGAAUGGUUGAAGUUGGAAAGGACAUCUGUAUGUCCAACCCAGGUCAUUUAGUACAACCCUGUUUAACACAUAUGUAAACUUUUGUUUGCUUCUUCUAGCAACUCAGUAAUUUUCUGUGGGAAUAAAAAAACAAAAAAAAAAAAAUAGGAAGAAGAUGGGCAAGAUUUAUCCUAAUGUCUCUCUGCUACCCUUUCAAAAACAGUCAUAAGGGCUUUAUGGCUAUUUCUAGGAAUUGCACUGAUCUUACUGCCAGCUGAACUUGCAGAUUUCCACAACCAGCAGGAUGAACAAAAUUAUACAUCACAUAGGUGCUCAGAAGGGAGCAACACACUGCCAGUAGCUAUUAGGUCUGUAGUCAGAUGAUAUUUUUAUGUCAUGGAUCCUCUCUAAGAGCAAAUGGGAUGAGCAGACAUUUAUAUCAGUUCCAGUUCCAUGUUAUUUUGGAUGGCUGUGGAGAAGUGGAGUCUGAAUUUGAUAAAAUGAGAAUUUCAAAAUUUAUUUUUCUACUGCAAAUCUUUCAUGUAAAUGAACCUUCUGUGCUUACUAGAACCUUCUGUGCUAAAUACAUCCUUCUUGGAAAAUUUACCAGAUGGCCUCUGUCUUUUUCACACCAGAAGCACCCACCCAGUAACAAGCAUAAAAUAACCAGUUCCUGCUGCAGUGGAGGUGAAACUGCCUCUAGUCUGUUACCAUUUCUGAUAAGUUGAGUGUGUUGAGUUCUCUUUAUAGAACCUUUGAAAUCUAUGCAGCUUCAGCCUUCCAUUUCUCUGCUGUAAGUGCCAGUGCUUCCUGCUUGUGCUGCUGCCUCUACUGCUAGUGCCAAUCCAGUGAGAUGUGCAAGAAAUACUUGAAUUUAACUAAAAGAAUGAAUUUGAAGUUGACUGAAAUUGUCUAUGUUUUUGCAAAGGCUUAAUAAACAUUAAAUGCUGCUCUUUGGC